UUGAUCUGUCUCUUCUCUGAACUGAGGCCCAUCUGCAAUCCCAGCAUGACAAGCUACACAGAUAAAGGAGAGAAGCCUGUAAGGGGAAAGUUUCUCAAGUUUCAUCAUGUCACUUUCUGGGUCGGCAACGCCAAACAGGCAGCUUCAUUCUACUGUGACAAGAUGGGCUUCGAGCCUCUGGCCUACAAAGGUUUGGAGACCGGCAGCAGAGAGGUGGUGGCUCACGCCAUCAGACAGGACAAGAUCAUAUUUGUGUUUCAAUCUCCGUUAAACCCUGGAAAUGAAGAGAUGGGAGAACACUUGAUCAAACACGGAGACGGAGUCAAAGACGUCGCUUUCCAAGUGGAGGACUGUGACUUCUUAGUCAAGACAGCCAUGGAGCGAGGAGCCGUGGUGGUGAAGCAGCCCUGGGUGGAGCAGGACAGCCACGGGAGGGUCAAGUAUGCUGUGAUUCAGACGUACGGCGAUACAACACACACACUCAUUGAGUACCUUGGACCCUACAAAGGCCUUUUCCUGCCAAACUUCAGAGAGCCUCUGUUUAGGGAUCCUCUGUUAGCUAAACUUCCACCAGGAGGUUUGAACUUUAUCGAUCACAUUGUGGGAAACCAGCCAGAUGACCAAAUGGUGCCAAUUUCCGACUGGUACGAGAAGUGUUUGAUGUUCCACCGGUUCUGGUCAAUAGACGACAAGCAGAUCCACACGCAGUACAGCGCGCUCAGGUCCAUAGUGGUGACCAACUAUGAAGAGACCAUCAAGAUGCCAAUCAAUGAACCUGCCACGGGAAAGAAGAAGUCACAGAUCCAGGAAUAUGUGGACUACAACGGAGGACCAGGUGUUCAGCACAUCGCUCUCAACACAACAGACAUCAUUCAAGCCAUAGUGAACCUGCGCGCCCGAGGGAUGGAGUUCCUCGCAGCUCCUGACACGUACUACGACACCCUGAGGGCCAACCUCAAAACCGCCAAAAUCAAGGUGAAGGAGGAUCUCAACCGUUUACAGGAAUUGAAAAUCUUAGUUGAUUUUGACGACAAGGGCUACCUCCUCCAGAUCUUCACCAAGCCUGUGCAGGACAGACCAACGCUUUUCUUGGAGGUCAUUCAGAGGAAUAACCACUUUGGCUUUGGGGCAGGAAACUUCAAGUCUCUCUUUGAGGCCAUUGAGAAGGACCAAGACGCCAGGGGCAACCUCACUGUGCUGACACCCGAGGGGAAGGCCAAAGCCUUCUACUGAUCCUCAGACUGCUGCUGCCAAACCACACACCCAGACUGUUAUAUAUGGCUGUACGUUUCACAGGCGAUCACCACAACUGCAGAGCAUCAAACACACAAAUGCAGAGUGUUGAGUAUCUGCGUGCGACAAGCUGCAGACGUUAUCAGAUAUGCUGUCAGUAGGUUGCACGGUGUACGGCUAAAUAAAGAAACUCAAGUUGGUGUGGGUCGGCCAGUGUGUUUGGGAAACGGAGGCAUGAAUAUUUAAGGAAUAGUUUGACAAUUAUUUGCUUUCUCCCGGUGAGCUGCAGGAGAACAGUGACGCUGCUCUGGUGUCUUUGUGAUGAAUGUAAAGCUGGAGACAGUUGGCUUAGUUUAAUGAAUGACCAAUCAGGUGGAGGAGAUUUAUUUACACUUUAGUUUACAAGCACAUUGUCCUAGAGCUGGUGCGAGGUGGAAAAUGUUACUUACCUAUUAAUUGAAGCCAGACUGGCUGUCUCUCCUCUGUCCCGUCUUGAUGCUAAGCUAAGCUGGAAGUGGCUCCAUAUUUACUGCACAGACAUGAGCGUGGUGUCAGGUUCACAUCUAGGAGGCAAAUAAUAAAUGAAUCCCCCAAAA